AUGUACUCACCACUCAUUCAAAAUACUGAAAAUGUCCGUUAUACUAUACCGGCACCUGCUACCAGCAGCCGAUGGGAUAACGCUCGAGAGUACAGGCGGAGAGUACAGCGAGCGCCUCAAGUCGAUCCUCACUUUGAUAGUUCUAUCAUAGAUGCAGAGCAACAUGCCGAGUUUUGGGUACGGAAGCUUGUCCUAGCCAUGGUCAAUCUCGAGAACAUCAAAGAUCCCGCAGACUCGAGCGCAGCCAAGUUAUUUCGUCCGGAAGCGUACGACUCCCUACUCCUCGAAGCAACAUGUCGUGAGAUCUUCCUAGCGUUGAUCGACCGGUGCAAGAAUGGCUUCCGAGGACCAUCGCAAUUCAAUAAAGCGCUAAAACCUCACCGAGGCCUCGAAGUUGAUGCUGAUGCGACAUGCGCACAACGUUUGCAGAACGUAGUGAACGCACUGCUAUGGAAUAAAAGAGUCGCGAAAGACGUGUUAUUCGAAGACUGGAAGAUCCGAUUACUGGUGAACCACCCUUUGGCUUAUGAUAGAGAGAAGGAUUCGCAGAAGGGCUCGAACGAUCAGCGAAGAAGACGACUAGAAUCUGAAAGAGAGAAGCUGCGGAGAACUGAAGAGGAGCUUCUCGCUUAUCGCUCGGAUUUGAAAGGAUCGUAG